CAAGGUCUGAUGAUUCAGCGACCCAUCAGGUAGUUCUAACACUGCAUCAUACGAGGCAAGGCUGGAAGCAGUCUCACUACAAUUUUCUUCUCUUUACCUCUGGAUAUUAACUCGUCGAUCGACAAAGGGAGCAACUGUCAAGAUGGUCAACGCGUUACGCACCAUUGUGAUAGGGAAAUUUUCAGUCCUACCAUGGACUGCUACUGUGCUCUCAAGAGUAGGCUGCCGUGGUCUGUCUUCCGUGGCUGGAGUAGCCCCGUCCCUGGCAACAACUCGCUCCCACACACAACCUCGGCCACAGUCAGACAUCCCUGGACCCAGGUCAUGGCCAAUUCUAGGCACCUUGCCUGCAAUGUUUACUGACCCAGCCUAUGACUCCACUAGGCUGCCCCGUCUCUGGCUCUCCUACUUCAAGAAGUACGGGUCAAUAUUCAAGCUGAACCUCCCUGGGCAGGGAGAUGUUGUAUUCCUAUCUGAUCCUAACGACAUUCAACAUCUAUAUAAAGAGAUGUUUGAAAAGCCUAACAGACCAAUUAUGGAUUCCCUUAAGAAAGUUAGGUUAAACAACGACGCCAAAUUCUUUAGAGCUAAAGGAACUGGAAUCCUUACUGA